CAACCUGAAAACAUCUCGAGGCUGCUGUGUACCGUGUGUAAGCGUGACUUCAGGAGUCUUCCGGCAUUAAAUGGUCACAUGCGUUGCCACAGCACAUCCAGACCUGCCACAUGUUUGAACAAGAGUGAAGAUUCUUCUGCACCGGUCCAACCGUGCGUCUCCAUAGUGAUGCCCGUCUCCGUGCCCGUCCAAUCCAGAGGCCGGCCCAAGGCGUGCAGGGGGGGGCAGAAGAGAUGCAGUCGCCCCUCUCCAGCCACCGGAGGCGCUGUGCUGCUCUACCGCAGCCUGCUGCACCCAGAAGAAGAGGAAGCAAGGGAUGGAGUGGUUGCCGGGAUACACUACACCCCCCCGCCCAUGCUUUGCCCCCUCAGGGCCGGGCCAGGGCUGUACUGCUCCCUCGCCACUGGGGGGCAGCAUAGAGUGCAGACUGUGCAGCUUCACAACACACACGAUGGAUUUAAUGAUGGUGUUGCCAUGGAGACAGCCUCCCCUCCCCCCAAGACACUCAUCAAGAAGCCGCGGAUCAAUGAGGGGCGGGACUUCCAGGCUGAAAUCCCACCUCUACGGGACCGAAAACACACGGCCUCAGACUCCCACAAUGCACUGCUUCUGUGGACGCAGUGGGAUGAGCUGGAGCGGCCUGUCAAUCAACACAGAGUUGAAGCUCUGUUGACGAUGGCUCGCUCCAGCGUGCUGCCAGGGGGCGGGACCAGCCCAGAGACUGCCCUCCACGUCCUAUCAGAGUUCAGAGGGGACUUCCUGCUGACGGUGGAGAAGCUGCUGACCCCCAAACCUCCAACAACAGCUCGGCCCCCCAGUCGCUCAGGGAGAGGUGGAGCGCAGCAGAGAAGAGGUUGCUGGUUAAAUCCCUGCAGCUGCAUCACAAAGACUUCAGCAGAAUCCAGAGAAACGUCCAGACUAAGUCUCUCUCUCAGUGUGUGGAGUUCUAUUAUCUGUGGAAGAAGAAGCUGAGUCUGAGUGCGAGGACCCCGGCCAGGCUGACCAUCACGCUGCCCGAGACAGACGGUCAAAGGUUGUCCAGAUCUCCUGAUGCACCCUGAACAUCUGCUGGAGUUACACACUACUAACAACACAAAGAUAGACUGUACAUGUUAGUUGUAAAGAAAAGCCACAAAAACUUCAAUAAAAGAGACAA